AUGGCGAUGCCAAUGCUGAGGCAUCUGUUGAUGUCAUCGAUGAGGAAGGCGAUUCUCCCCACAGCUCGCCCCGUGGCAAAAUCUGCCUUCCUCAAACCGUCGACACCCGUGCGAUCCUUUUCAGCAACACCGGCACAGAACGCGACGCUCAACCAGGUUCUCAGGGGCUGCCGCAAACCCCGCCGAGCCCGUCACGCCGUCUCCCCUGCCCUGGCCAGCGGCCACGAUCCCCAGCGCAAGGGCGUGUGCAUCAAGGUCGGCAUCACGCGGCCCAAGAAGCCCAACUCGGGAGAGCGAAAGACGGCGCGUGUGCGCCUGACGUCUGGCAAGACUGUGACGGCCUACAUUCCGGGAGAGGGCCACAACAUCCAGCAGCACAGUGUGGUCCUGGUCAGGGGCGGCAGGGCGCAGGAUUGCCCCGGUGUGCGGUACAAGUUGGUGAGGGGUGCGCUUGACCUGGGUGGUGUCACGAACAGGACGAACGCCCGGAGCAAGUACGGCACCAAGAAGCCUAAGAAGGCCAGUGUCAGCUAA